AUUCGCUGACUUCCCAGGCUCAAGAAGUGAAUAUUCUGGUAGAGAGAGAGAGAGAGAGACAGGAAACCUCAGACUCAGCAAGUGGCUCAUAGAAGGCCCUGUUGUACAGUGGCGGCUGCAGAGUCUAUGUCAAGGAAAGACUACAUUGUACAAGCCAACAUGAGCCUCCAGCUGGCAAACAUCUUUCUGCCUUUGCUCUUCCACCUUUGUCUGCGUAUGGGAGCUGCAGAAAAUACUACUGUUGUCUUAGUGGUGAAUCAGAAGCCCCCUUGUAUCCGUGCAAUGGAAGGGUCAGAGUUCACCAUCGAGUGUACAUUCAACACAGACAAUAAUUCAAUCAAGUGGUUUGCUGCAUGGAAUAAAACCAGAAACAAUGUAACAGAAGAGGUGUGCAAUGGAACAGAUCGAAUCAUAUUAUCAGCAGAUAAAGAAAAGCGAUCUCUUUCCCUCACUGUGAAGAAAGCCGACGUCACAGAUUCUGGAACCUACGUGUGUGGGGUUGGGAACAAAAAUGGGAUAUCUCCUGGGAAUGGAACCCAAGUGACCAUCGAUGAAAUUACCGAUCUGAUGGUGAAUCAAACCCCAACCAAUUUCAGUGAUUUAGAAGGCUCAGAACUUACCAUGAAUUGUACAUUCAAGACAGUCAAUAACCACAGUACCAUGCGUGUGCGAUGGUAUAACUAUGGGACCGAGGGACUAAAGAAAGAGCUGGUGAAUGAGAGCGAUGUGAUGACAACCCUGCAUUUGGACAAUGGGUUUGCCUCUCUCACUUUGAAGAAUGCAAAUUCAUCUAAUACAGGAACCUACAUCUGUGAGGUGGGGAUCACAGCAAGGAACCUCUCUGGGAAUGGAACAGGAACCCAAGUGACUAUCGAGAAUUUUCCCAAGCUGACGGUGAAUCAGACAUCAGUCAAUAUCGAUGCGUGUGAAGGGUCAGAUCUCACCAUGGAGUGUAGAUUCACGGUAUUGAAAAAUCACAACACCUUGUAUGUGAAAUGGUAUAAACAUAACGGAACUGGGGGAACGAAGAAGGAGCUGAUGAGCGAAAGAGGCUGGGGCUCAGCAGCCCUGGCUUUGGAAAAGGGUUUUGUGUCUUUCGCUCUGAAGAACGUGAACGUAACCGAUACAGGAACGUACGUGUGUGAGGUGGGGAGCACAGCAAGGAACUGGUCUGCAUCAGGAGCCGGAACCCAAGUGACCAUCACUCAAAUUACCGACCUGAUGGUGAAUCAAACCCCAACCAAUUUCAGUGAUUUAGAAGGCUCAGAACUUACCAUGAAUUGUACAUUCAAGACAGUCAAUAACCACAGUACCAUGCGUGUGCGAUGGUAUAACUAUGGGACCGAGGGACUAAAGAAAGAGCUGGUGAAUGAGAGCGAUGUGAUGACAACCCUGCAUUUGGACAAUGGGUUUGCCUCUCUCACUUUGAAGAAUGCAAAUUCAUCUAAUACAGGAACCUACAUCUGUGAGGUGGGGAUUACAGCAAGGAACCUCUAUAAUAAUGGAUCAGGAACCCAAGUGACUAUCGAGAAUUUUCCGAAGCUGAUGGUGAAUCAGACCCCAGUCAAUAUCGAGGUGUCUGAAGGGUCAGAUCUCACCAUGGAGUGUAGAUUCACGGUAUUGAAAAAACACAACACCUUGUAUGUGAAAUGGUAUAAACAUAACGGAACUGGGGGAACGAAGAAGGAGCUGAUGAGCGAAAAAGGCUGGGGCUCAGCAGCCCUGGCUUUGGAAAAGGGUUUUGUUUCUUUUGCUCUGAAGAACGUGAACGUAACCGAUACAGGAACGUACGUGUGCGAGGUGGGGAGCACAGCAAGGAACUGGUCUGCGUCAGGAGCCGGAACCCAAGUGACCAUCACUCCACAUGACCAAUGGCUAAUGAGCUCUUACAUUGUUGCUGGAGCUGCGGCUGGGACAAUUCUCUUCUUGCUGGUGCUCGGUAUCCUUUUGUGGAGAUGGAGACAGUGCUCCAAAGAACCACUUCAAAGCAGGUCAGAGGCAGAGAUGACUCAGAUGGAGACGUCUUCCCCUCCACCAGCCGAUGAGGUGACUUACGUUGACUUGAACUUCCACAAAAGGGACGCAAAAGCAGAGGAAGAUGUUGUUUACACGGAAGUGAAGAUACGGCCAAAACAGAGAGAUGACAAUGUCAUCUAUGCAAAAGUCAACCCUCAUCAUCGCUAGGGGAAGAGCUAGUGGGAAUUAACAGAGGGGUGACCAGUAUUUCACGUCUGUUAAAUGCAAGUCUCCAUGAAACAACGAAUUAGCUCUUAGUAAAUGAUGGUCCUUGGAGAUCAAAGUCCUCUAGUUAUGAACAGAACAGGCAGCAAUGCAAGAUUCCCUCGUUUCCUGCUCCACCAACAUGCCUCAACUCUGAUGUGGAGAGACCAAUUCUGUGAGCAAAUGGCGAGUUCUUCUAACCCACCUACUCUUGGCCUAUGUGCCGUGAUUGUAGCCAGGAAAUGGGCCGGGCUGUGGACAGUGGUUCACUAGGAACUGAGUCGAGACCAGAAAUUCAUUUAACGAACUCACCAGCCAUCAGAGUGUUGCAACUUUUAGUUGCUAUUUACCAGCACUGUAUUUGAACAAGUGACCGAGAGCCAAGCCCUUGAGCCACCCAAGUAUGGAAUAUGUUGCCAUCUUGUUGCGGGAAGCCCUGUCCUCCAGUGAAGGUGCCAAGUGUGCUGAAUGAGGAAGGAAAAGCCUCCGAAGAGCCAUGCUCCCUACACUGAAGAAUGUACAGUAAUGCUGAAAAUGCUCAAGAGCAAUUUCCCAUACUUUCAUGAAUAAGACUGACACGAUUGUUUCAUCUUUCUAAGCACAAAGUAGGUUUCUCUGUUGGGAGUGAAUUAAGCUUCCCUGGAUUCCACCCACUUAAGAGCCAAACAACAACAAUAUGAAUUGCUUUGCAAGCAGAUUUUAAAUAUUAACUAAAGCUUUUACAGCAAGUUUAGCUCAGGAUUAAGUGUGUGCAAUUGCACUGAUAUAAAUGGAGUUAUACCUACUUACA